CUCUCUCUCUUUUUUAAUGAGGUUUCCCUUAAUCAUUCGUCAGAAGUUAGAUCAAAACAUUUUUUUUUUUUUUCCGUAAGGGGGAUUUCAGUCACUCGUCUAUUUAUUCAAGUUGUGGCAACUCAACUAGUUGCGGUCAGUUCGUGAACUUGGAUCGCGUCUUGCCGCUUUUACACUCGGUUCGGGGUUUCGGGAGAGAACUAGGAUGUCGGCGGUGAAAGCGCUGCAACAGUGGUGUAAGAUCCAGGUUCAGGGUUACAGAGAUGUCACUAUCACCAAUAUGACCACCUCUUUCAGGGACGGGAUGGCUUUCUGCGCCCUCAUUCACCGAAACAGACCCGACCUCAUUGACUUUGAUUCCCUGAUGAAGGAGAAUGUCUAUGACAACAACCACCUGGCGUUCCGGGUAGCGGAGGAUGAGUUGGGGAUCCCAGCUCUGUUAGAUGCUGAGGACAUGGUGGCCCUGAAGAUACCAGACAGACUCAGUAUUCUGACAUAUGUCUCACAAUACUACAACUACUUCCAUGGCAAAUCACCUAUUGGCGGCAUGGCAGGGAUAAAGCGUCCAGCGGAGGCAUCCACAGAAGAGGGGCCUUCUGGGAAAAAGAACCAAGCAGUUGUCUCCAAGGUCUUCCCUGCCUCUACCCCCUCUAAAUCCGCUACUGAGAACCGCCCUCCCCCCUCCUCCUCACCCAAAGCCUCAACCAGACCAGACAGGGCAGCACAGAAGGAUGUGUUGUCGGAGCGAUCCAAUAAGACGGGGACUCUGAGCAGUAAGUGUUCCGUGUGUAAUAAACACGUUCAUCUGGUCCAGAGACACCUAGUGGAUGGGAGGCUGUAUCACAGGAGCUGUGCCAGGUGUAGUGAGUGUUCCACCACUCUACUGUCUGGUAACUGUAAACCUGGACCAACACCAGGCUCCUUCAUCUGUACCUCCCACCACCACCCCCAGGGGGCGCUGCCAACACACCCCCCUCUCCGAGACCUGCCCAAAAACAACCCUACUACCCCUGCUGAAUCCAAAUACACUCCUCCCACUGUCAAGACCACCCCUCUCUCAUACCUGCCCAAAAACAACCCUACUACCCCUUCUUCCUCCAAAUACACCCCUCACCCUCCUCCCACUGUCCAGACCACCCCUCUCUCAUACCUGCCCCAAAACACCCCUACUACCCCUUCUUCCUCCAAAUACACCCCUCACCCUCCUCCCACUGUCCAGACCACCCCUCUCUCAGACCUCUCCAGGAAUACCCCCGGAGCCAAAUACACAGACCCCCCGAAAUCCACCCCAGCUCCGACACCCACCAGUACCCCCUCCAAAUGUGUCCCUAGCUGGCUGAGCUCCAAAUCAGACGGAUCCAAAAGCACCGCCCCCUCUGCCUCCUCCUGGCGGCCCAGCCCGGGGCUCUCCUCCCUGGGCAUAGUGAGCCCCGCAGCCCCUGGACCCACCGCAGUCCCACGGAACAUCAACACGACAACUACCCAGCAGGCCCGGCUCCAGUUCUUCCAAUCUGGGAACACCACCACUGGGCAGGAGAACCAGGGCAAGACCCAGACUCCGGGACAGGCACCGAGUCUACCCACAAAUAGAGUCCCGAACGCUGGCACACAGGGGACAGUAGUGGGGGUUGGCCAGGGUGUGAGUGUGGUAGUGAGUUUGGGUGGCAGUGGGGUAGGGGGUAAGGGAGAGGGUUCAGGUUGGGGUGGGGGUAAGGGAGGGGAUAAGGGUGUGAAUGUGGUGCUAGGUGGGGACAGGGACGUGGUUCAGGGUAGAGGUAGAGUUGUCUUCAAGAUGGAUAGUGAUGUGAAAGCCUCUCCAUCUAAAGAAGACUGCAGUACCAAGACCCAGGCUGCUGCUGUCAUCGCUAAGAAACUAACAGACAACAACACCACAACAGCUGGUGCUGUCAUCACUAAGAAACUAACAGACAACAACACAACAGCACCUGGUGCUGUCAUCACUAAGAAACUAACAGACAACAACACCACCACAACAACAGCUGGUGCUGUCAUCACUAAGAAACUAACAGACAACAACAACACAACAACAGCUGGUGCUGUCAUCGCUAAGAAACUAACAGACAACAACACAACAACACCUGGUGCUGUCAUCACUAAGAAACUAACAGACAACAACACCACAACAACAGCUGGUGCUGUCAUCACUAAGAAACUAACAGACAACAACACAACAACAGCUGGUGCUUCAAGUCCUCCGUGGCAUCCUGUAGGACUGAAGAAGACCGAGAACAGAUCUCCCUCUCUCAGACCUGCCCCUGCUGAAACGCCUAAGAAAGAGACGGAGACGCCUAAAAAGGAGACUGGGGGCCGAGUUAAGCUAAAAGCAGACCCGUCUCUCCUCGCCCCCCUCACCCCCAACACCUCCACCCCGACCCCAGCCAGCAGAACAGGCCUGUGGAACAAAACCCUGGAUAAGGCAUCCGGAGCUGCUUCUCCCAGCAACACUAUGGCAACAGCAGACAACAGCAGCUCUCCUGCUGACUGGCGGUCCAGACUCAAACCUGCCUCCAAGCCUGUAGGACCUAAAGACUCCUCUCCCCUCCACCCUGACAUUCAGAAGGCUGAAACCCUGUCUCGGCCCUGGGCCGGUGGAUCAGGAAACGCCCAGGCUUCAGUCCCUGCUGGGUCUACUCUGGCCCCCUCCAGCCCCCCAGAAGCCUCCUCACCCAGCCCGCUGAACACCGGCCCUGGGACAUGGGGCGUCCUGACAGGGAAGAGCUCAACGACAGCUAACGGCUCCAACACAGACACCAAGACACCUAAACCAAGUAAACCCGACUACAUCCCGAAGGAAGAGAUCCUCAGAGAGCUUCAGGAGAUAGAGGACAGUGUUAAUGAGUUGGAGAGGAAAGGAGUGGACCUGGAGAAACAACUACGCUCCUGUGAAGAGGAGGGGGAAGAGGACGUGAUGAUGGAUGACCUGAUGGUGGAAUGGUUCAACCUCAUCAGAAACAAGCAGGUGUCCAUGAGGAGAGAGUCUGAACUGGUCUACAUAGCGAAGACACAGGACUUGGAGGAACAGCAGCCCAGUGUAGAGCAGGAGCUGAGAAGACUCAUGGACAAACCUGAGCGGCUGAAGACGUUGUGGGACCGCCGUAGAGAAGAGGAGUUGAUGGUCAAGCUGGUGGAGAUCGUCAAUGACAGAAACGCCAUCAUAGACGGACUGGACGAUGACAGACUCAGGGAGGAUGAGGAAGAUGAGCAGCUCAAUAAGAUGAUGAAGACCCUAGACACAAAGAAAGAAAAGAAGAAGAAGUCCAGCUUCAAGUUGUUUGGUAGGAACAAGAAGGAGGGAUGAUCCCACGGGGAGGAACUCUGGGACACACUGUUACCCUGCUUGAGAUGUGGUUGUCACUGUUUUGAUAGUUGAUGUAUUGAAGUCUGUUAGGUCUCUGGUUCAUGUCUAUAAUACCCUCCUGACAUGAACCAGCCCUGAAACCCAGUAUAACACUACACCACACGGUGUCUGUAUGUAAUGUGUCUAUAAUACCCUCCUGACAUGAACCAGAGACCUGAAACCCAGUAUAACACUACACCACCCGGUGUCUGUAUGUAAUGUGUCUAUAAUACCCUCCUGACAUGAACCAGAGACCUGAAACCCAGUAUAACACUACACCACCCGGUGUCUGUAUGUAAUGUGUCUAUAAUACCCUCCUGACAUGAACCAGAGACCUGAAACCCAGUAUAACACUACACCACACGGUGUCUGUAUGUAAUGUGUCUAUAAUACCCUCCUGACAUGAACCAGCCCUGAAACCCAGUAUAACACUACACCACCCGGUGUCUGUAUGUAAUGUGUCUAUAAUACCCUCCUGACAUGAACCAGAGACCUGAAACCCAGUAUAACACUACACCACCCGGUGUCUGUAUGUAAUGUGUCUAUAAUACCCUCCUGACAUGAACCAGCCCUGAAACCCAGUAUAACACUACACCACCCGGUGUCUGUAUGUAAUGUGUCUAUAAUACCCUCCUGACAUGAACCAGCCCUGAAACCCAGUAUAACACUACACCACCCGGUGUCUGUAUGUAAUGUGUCUAUAAUACCCUCCUGACAUGAACCAGCCCUGAAACCCAG